UACCUCCUGUAACCCGGAAGAAGUAUCUGUGGCCCUUUAACAAAGGAGCAAAUGUGUCCUAGUGAGGAGUUGACAGUUAGCUACCAUGGCGCUUGAUGUUAAGUCCAGGGCCAAACGGUAUGAGAAGCUGGAUUUCCUCGGAGAGGGUCAGUUUGCCACAGUGUACAAAGCCAGGGACAAAACGACUGACACUAUAGUUGCUAUUAAAAAGAUUAAGGUCGGACACAGAACCGAAGCUAAAGAUGGUAUCAAUAGGACAGCUCUUCGAGAGAUUAAACUGCUGCAGGAGCUGCAUCAUCCAAAUAUCAUUGGGCUGCUGGAUGCCUUCGGACACAAAUCCAACAUCAGCCUUGUGUUUGACUUCAUGGAAACGGAUCUAGAGGUAAUUAUUAAAGACACCAGCCUAGUCCUGACUCCAGCCAACAUCAAAGCCUACAUCCUCAUGACUCUACAGGGAUUAGAGUAUAUGCACCAACACUGGAUCCUACACAGGGAUCUGAAGCCCAAUAAUCUGCUGUUGGAUGGUAACGGAGUGUUGAAGUUGGCUGAUUUUGGUUUGGCCAAGUCAUUUGGCAGCCCCAACAGAGCCUACACACAUCAAGUUGUUACCAGGUGGUACCGCUCCCCUGAGCUCCUGUUUGGAGCCAGAAUGUACGGUGUGGGUGUUGACAUGUGGGCGGUGGGAUGCAUCCUGGCAGAGUUACUCCUUCGGAUGCCAUUUCUCGCUGGAGACUCAGACCUUGACCAGCUGACUAAGAUUUUUGAGGCUCUUGGGACUCCCACAGAAGAGACAUGGCCUGGAUUGACUAGCCUACCAGACUAUGUGUCAUUCAAAAUCUUUCCUGGAACACCUCUGGAACAUAUAUUUAGUGCAGCUGGUGAUGACUUGUUAGAGCUGUUACAAGGCCUCUUCACCUUCAACCCCUUGACAAGGACCACAGCUACACAGGCCCUGAAGAUGGGGUACUUCAGUAAUCGGCCUGGUCCCACCCCUGGCCCACAACUCCCCCGACCGAACUGUUCAGCUGAGGCUCUGAGAGAGAAGGAAAAUGUUGGGCUCAAGAGGAAAAUUGAAGGCCUAGAGACAACUGUGAUGAAGAAGAAGCUGAUUUUCUGACCAGAUGGGCCCUGGGAAAUCAGAUCACCAUCUUCACACUACUGUGUCUUUCAGCUUCCUCCAUUGCUCAGUAUUGUCCACUGGAAACAGGAGUCCGAAAGCAGCAAAGGGGAAAAAAUGCUCAGAUGUGGAUGACUUUAGGACAGUUUAGAGGUCGUAGUUGUUGCGAGUUGGGAAUUGUAGCUAAGAUUAGCUCCGAGUGUCCAGCAGUCCAGCAACAUCAGUUCAACAGAGACUCUGUGGUUAAUGGUGUUGGCUCAGCCUAACAUCGGGGAGUAGUAUGUCUAUUUAUGUGAGUGAAACAGAGAACAACCAAAUAAGCAAGUCUGAUUUAUUUUGUGUAUAUGCAUUUUUUUUUUUGUAUGCAAGACCAAUAAAUGGUACAAAUGUUAAA